UAUGGCGGCGUGGAAUGAAAGGUUUUAUURAGACAUUCGUAAUCUAACUUAUAUACGCAAACCUGAAAAAGAUUACCGGCUUUUAAAGAUUKUAUCAUGAUGAACAAAUCGUGAGGACGUUUAGUGAUCGUGUGUAUUUUGCGACAAUUKAGCUUGUAUGUAAGYUUAGAUGGUGUUCUAUCCUUUGUUGGUUUGGAUAAGAAUAAGAAAUAGCCAUUAGUUACUAAGUAUGGUAGAGCAACCAUGUCUAUGACUAGCGAUGAAGUGAAUUAUUUAGUUUACCGUUAUCUUCAAGAAUCAGGUUUUCAACAUUCAGCUUUUACAUUUGGCAUUGAAAGUCACGUCGACCAAUCUAAUAUCAAUGGGUCAGUUGUUCCACCAGGAGCUCUAGUGUCGGUUUUGCAGAAAGGGGUCCAGUAUGUAGAGUCUGAAGCAACUUUAACUGAGGAAGGUGCAGUUUUAGAUGACAGUGAACUAGACCAGUUAUCUCUAAUCGAUGCAGUUCUGCCAGAUAUUAUUAGUCUAAGACACUCCUUAGCUGGAAGUAAAAUUAUAAAGUCAGACCUUCCAUUUAAAAAUGAUGCAAUGAGUGACGAAGGUUACCAUAUCAACUCAAUAUCAGCUGAUAAUAUUGAAUACAAUGGUGUUGCUACCGAUGCUGGCAGUCAUAAGAUUUUAAAAGGACAUGAUUCAGAGGUGAUUAUCAUAUAGGGAGAGGAUGGUACAGCACGCCUGUGGCUUAUCAAUGAAAGUGUAGUAGGAUCAGCCAUUGUUUUGGAUCAUAAACUAAAAGACCAGCAAGACAUCUCUAAUACUAAUUUUGAUGUCUCUUCUUUAGAAUGGAAUAAUGAUGGAACAUAUUUAGCAUCUGGCUGUUGUAAUGGAUGUGCAAGAAUAUGGACUCACGAAGGUCAAUUAAUAGCAACAUUAAGAGAGCAUAAAGCUCCCAUCUUUGCACUCAAGUGGAAUAAAAAAGGAAACUAUCUUGUCAGUGCUGGGGUUGAUAAAUCAUGUAUAGUUUGGGAAGCAAAUACAUGGGAAGUCAAACAGCAAUUUAUUUGUCAUCAAGAUCCAACUUUAGAUAUAGACUGGCAAAAUAGUAACUGCUUUGCUUCAUGUUCUUCUGAUAAAAGUAUCCAAAUUUGUAAAAUUGGUCAGGAUAAACCCUUAAAAUCCUUUAGAGGACACACGGGUGAAGUAAAUACAAUAAGAUGGGAUCCAUCUGGCACUUAUCUAGCUUCUUGUUCGGCAGAUAUGUCUGUCAAGAUCUGGAGUUUAAAACAAGAUUUGUGCAUACAAGAUUUACAAGGACAUAAAAAAGAGAUCUACAUUAUAACAUGGAGUCCUACAGGUAGUCCUAAUUGUCCACUGUUACUAGCAAGUGCRUCCUAUGAUACAACUGUACGGUUAUGGGAUGUUGAAAAGGGAACCUGUUUAUAUACAUUAAGUAAACACUUUGAACCUGUCACAUCACUGUCCUUUAGUCCCGAUGGCAAAUACUUAGCAUCAGGAUCAUUCGAUAAACAUGUUCAUAUAUGGUCAACACAGACUGGUAAUCUGGCUCAUACAUUUCAAGGUGAUGGAGUUGUUUAUGAUGUUCARUGGAAUUCCAAAGGAGACAAACUAGCUGCAUGCUUUUCCAGUAGUCUGGUUUGUGUGCUGGACCUGUGCUCUCUAUAGCAUGUUUUAUAUUUAUUGAUAUCACCCAUUGGAAUAACUUUUGUACACUUUUUUUAUUUGUAGUUAUUUUAUCAAUACAUAGAUAGACCUAUUUCUUCUCAUUCAUUUGUGCAAUUUACCCAUUAUUUACAAUGUAAAAAGACUAUAUUAUUAAACAAGAGUUGUGAAUG